AUGGUCCACCGUGAAAGCAUCGACUUUGCCCUGCAUAUGCUCAAUGCCACUGUCUUUCAUCUGUCCUUCCCAUUCUUUCUGAUCCCCUGCAUCAAGCUGUACGGUGCCUCGAACGAAAGUCUUGCCUUUAUCCUGGCAGCCGCGUAUGGAGCGCUGUUGUUCUUUGUCAAGAUCGCAUUUUGGGCGCAUGAACGGAGCCAGAGAACGGGAGAAAAAGCCGACUGGGAAGACGAGGUCGUUCUGAUUACUGGAGGUGCUAGUGGAAUUGGGUUGCUCCUCGCCGAGUCACUGGCCAUUCGACGCAUCACUGUCGUCGCUCUCGACAUCCAGCCUGUGAAAACCGCCUUGGAUAUUGACAGUUACAUCUGCGAUGUCUCCAGCCCCGAGGAUAUUGCACGCGUUGCCAAGGAGAUCCGUGAAGAUGUGGGCGAGCCUACUAUCUUGAUCAACAACGCUGCCAUUGUCAAUGGCCAAUCGAUUCUAGACCUCUCCGCAGAGGAUAUCAAACGAACGAUGAAUGUCAACUUUUUGGGACAGGCCUACAUGAUUAAGGAGUUUUUACCAGACAUGAUCAAGAACAACCAUGGACAUGUCGUCACAAUUUCGUCCGCCAUGGGUAUCAUGUCCGCUCCAAGGAUUGGUAACGACCAGUUGCGGCUAUCGACUAUUGCCAAGGCACCGACGGACUAUGCUGCCUCCAAGGCCGCUGUUAAGGCCUUCCACGAGACUCUCGAAACCGAGAUCAAGUACCUGUAUAAGGCUCCCGGUGUGAAGACCACGUUGGUCUGCUGCGGCAGAAUUGCAACGGGAAUGUUCCAGGGCGUUCAGGAGCGGCUCCCCUUCUUUACUCCGAUCCUUGAACCCCUCGAGGUGGUGCGUAAGAUCGUAGCAUCGAUAGAACAGCGACGUGGGCGCAACCAAAUCAUGUUGCCAUUCUAUGUCAACUUUGUCCCGCUCGUCUCGAUCUUGCCAGGAUGGUUUCAGGACCUGGCAAGGACUAUCAGCGGCGCUGACAGGGCCAUGGAGACGUUUGUCGGCAAUAAGAACGAUGUAAAGAAGAAGGACAUUUAA